AUGUCUUUCCUACAAAUUCCAAUUAGCAAUUGCGAUAUCUACAUCGAGCUUUUUACACUCUUCAUCAUUACCCUCUUUUUUAUCUAUGCGCACCUGGGAACCAAAAGUCCCGCUCCUACUCCAGGCCGCCGUACCCCUCGAGAAAUCGGUGCGUCUCUCAAAGCCACCAAUGCCUGCAUCCGUCACAUACGGCGCGCCCAACUUGCUACCCAGUACAAGAUCUGGCUAGACAAAGCCUUCACCCAGAUCGAAUCCGAACUUCUAGCACAUCUCAAAAGGCUACAGAAUCCCAAAAUAUCUUCGUAUCUUCCUAUCCCAGAUCCAUACAUAGAUAUCUUCACAGGCCUGUUCCCUAAAGAGCUGGAAGAUUAUGAGAUUGACUGCCUCCAGAGGCUCAAAAGACUGCUAGUAGAGACAUAUGAACUUGAGGGUUCGUUUGUGACUUGGGGGCAAGAUCUUCCUGAGCGGGCUUUUAAAUUGAGUGUUAAGACUUCGAAUCAAGAGGAAGUCAUGUGGGAACAUGACAAGCAUCUUGACGGACUCUUUGAGGACUUUCAUGAUCAUUCCACAGCCACGGAUGAAAAUAUCUAUGAUGCGACCACAUGUACCGACACAUACGUUAAAAGCGACUCCAGCUCCAGAUCCAGUUCCAGCGUCGAUCGAUACAGCCAGUAUGAAGAUGCACCAUCUAUGUGCACGUGUACACCAACUGCUCAUAAGGCAGUUCUUCCUCUCAUGCAAGGGAAGGGGGUGCGCGUGUGUCGAUAG